CCCCCUCACACUUUUUUUCAGGAGGAAAAAACUCUGCUCAAAAGUUGACAACAGAAAGGAAAACGUAGCGCUGAAGUGGCAGCUCUCACACUAGCUCUCGCUAUGGAUUGUAUGUAUUUGCUGAUGUACUUUUCUCUUAGUCAAAUAUUUUUGGAACAUAUUUUCGCUGCAGAAACACAUGAAAAUCUCUCUGGGAAGUUAAGUGAAUAUGGUCUUAUCGUGCCAUUCAGCACAGACUCCAACGGCCGGUACAUUUCUCACGUGGUCUCCUCUGGAAGUGGAAGUAAAAGUGCUGCUGGCCCAGAGGCCGCCUCGACCCUUGGCAGCAGAAAGCGGGUGGCCCGCAGUGCCCCCGAGAUGCCCUCGGUCACCCCUCCUUCAUCCCAGCAUUUGUUUUUCAACGUCACCGUGUUCGGUAAAGAACUUCACCUCCGCCUGAGAGCCAAUAGGAGGCUGGUGGCCCCCGGCGCCUUCGCUGAAUGGCAAGAGGACUUUAAAGAGGGGACCAAGGAGCACAUUCAAGGGGACUGUGUUUUCACUGGGGAUGUGAGUGACAUGCCAGAGGCCUCUGUGGCCAUCAGCAAUUGCGAUGGGCUGGCAGGCCUGAUUCGGACCGAUAGCGGGGAGUUUUUUAUUGAACCCCUUGAAAAGGGCCAACAGGAUGUGGAAGUGAAGGGGAGGGUGCACGUGGUUUACCGCCGAUCGGCCAUCAAGCGGGAGCCAGGCCAGCGGAGGGACGAUUUCCACAAUGAAGUGGCAGACGUCGGAAUCGCAGACCUCCCUGCAGCUCUGGAUCUUGUCAAACAUAAGCUGUCUGAGUCAGAGCGCAAGCGGAGACAUGCAAAGAAAGAUGACUACAACAUCGAGGUGCUGCUGGCUGUGGAUGAUUCUGUGGUGCGCUUCCAUGGCAAGGAGCAUGUGCAGAACUAUGUUCUCACCCUAAUGAACAUAGUUGAUGAAAUCUAUCACGAUGAAUCUUUGGGGACUAAUAUCAACAUCGUCCUCGUCCGCAUGAUAAUGGUCGGGUACCGGCAGUCUAUAAGCCUGAUCGAGCGUGGUAACCCAUCCCGCAGCCUGGAGCAGGUGUGCCGGUGGGCCAACACGCAGCAACGGCGCGACCCCGACCACGCAGAGUACCACGACCAUGCCAUCUUUCUCACAAGGCAAGAUUUUGGUCCCGCAGGUAUGCAAGGUUAUGCUCCGGUGACGGGGAUGUGCCACCCACUGAGGAGCUGCACCCUGAACCACGAGGAUGGCUUUUCCUCUGCUUUUGUGGUGGCUCACGAAACCGGCCAUGUGCUGGGCAUGGAGCAUGACGGUCAGGGGAACCGCUGUGCAGACGAGACCAGUAUGGGCAGCAUUAUGGCACCGCUUGUCCAGGCAGCUUUCCACCGUUACCACUGGUCCCGCUGCAGCAAGCAGGAGCUCAACAGAUACAUCCAGUACAGUCCUCUUCCCACUCCACUAUGUUUCAAUAUCUCUAGCACCCAUCGGGCUCUAAUCUCUUACGACUGUCUGCUGGAUGAUCCCUUUGAGCACAAGUGGCCCAAGCUCCCGGAGCUCCCUGGAAUAAAUUAUUCAAUGGACGAGCAGUGCCGCUUUGACUUUGGCGUUGGUUACAAAAUGUGUACAGCUUUUCGAACCUAUGAUCCAUGCAAGCAACUGUGGUGCAGUCACCCUGACAAUCAAUAUUUCUGUAAAACCAAAAAGGGACCUCCUGUGGAUGGGACUGAGUGUGCGCCAGGAAAGUGGUGUUUCAAGGGCCAUUGUAUCUGGAGGUCCAGUCAAGAGCCCGAGGGCCACGAUGGGAACUGGGGUUCCUGGUCAAAGUUCGGCUCGUGCUCGAGAACAUGUGGAGGUGGAAUCCGCUCCCGCAGCAGACAGUGCACUAACCCUCCACCUGCUUAUGGUGGACGAGACUGCCCUGGCUCUGCUUUUGACUACCAGAUGUGCAACACAGAGGAGUGUGCUGGCCCUUAUGAGGACUUCCGUGCUCAGCAGUGCAUCCAGAGGAGCAACAAAUACCACAAUAACAUCAAGCACACCUGGCUCCCGUAUGAGCAUCCAGACGAUGCCCGUAAGUGUGAGCUGAGCUGUAGGUCAAAGGAAACUGGAGAGGUGGUGUUCAUGAACCAGGUGAUGCAUGAUGGGACGCGAUGUAGCUACUCAGAUCCCUUCAGUGUGUGUGCUCGAGGGGAGUGCCUGCACGUAGGCUGUGACAAGGAGGUGGGCUCUUACAAAGAAGAGGACAAAUGUGGAGUGUGUGAAGGGGACAACUCCCACUGCCGCACUGUAAAGCUGACACUUACCAAGACCCCCAAAAAGAAUGGUAAUCAUCACGUCCAAAGGAGAAUGUUUAAAAUGUUUGACAUCCCUAUUGGAGCUCGUCACAUUGUCAUUGAGGAGAAUGACACCUCACCUCAUAUAAUAGCUGUGAAAAAUCAAGUCACAGGGAACUUCAUAUUAAAUGCAAAAAGUGAAGAGGCUGAAUCAAAGACCUUCAUUGAGAAUGGUUUACAGUGGGAAUAUUCCAUUGACAGUGAGAGGGAGACGCUGAAAAUUAAUGGCCCUUUGCAUGAAGGAAUUGUGGUUCUGGUCAUUCCACAGGAGGAGGACAUAAAAAUUAGCUUGACAUAUAAGUAUAUAAUACAUGAGGACCUGCUACCACUCAUUACCAACAAUAAUGUGCUUCUUGCUGAACUGGACACAUAUGAGUGGGCACUGAAGAGCUGGUCUCAGUGCUCCAAACCCUGUGGGGGAGGUAUACAGUACACAAAAUAUGGAUGCAGGAGGAAGAGUGACAGUCGUUUAGUGCAUCGCAACUUUUGUGAAACCAGCAAAAAGCCCAAACCCAUCCGCAAACGCUGUAACAUGCAGGAGUGCAGUCAGCCAGCGUGGAUAGUGGAAGACUGGAGUCCCUGCAGUAAGACCUGUGGGAAGCUGGGCUACCAAACUAGGGUGGUGCAGUGCAUGCAGGCGCUCCACAACGGCACCAACAGGGCUGUCCACAGCAAACACUGCACGGACAGCCGCCCGGAGAUGAGGAGGGUCUGUAACUACACUGCAUGCCCCGCCCAGUGGAGGACAGGGGCGUGGUCUCAGUGCUCGGUUACCUGUGGUGAAGGGAUUCAGCAAAGACAGGUGGUCUGCAAGGCAAGCGACAACACCGUUGGAGAGUGUGUGGGCGAGAAGCCAGAAACGGUCCUUAUAUGCAAAUUAGGUCCAUGCCCAGAAUUGCCAUUGUCUUCUGAAACAAUGGAAAAUUCUACAAUGAAAGAUGAAGCGGUGUAUCAACAGGUUCCUGGAAAUCCAGUCCAGAAAAUCUCUUCAAAUGAGCCAUGUCUGGGAGAUAAAUCUAUUUUCUGUCAAAUGGAGGUUCUUGCUCGAUAUUGUUCCAUUCCUGGUUAUUAUAAGCUUUGUUGCGAGUCUUGCAACAAGAACGAGGACUUUGCUACACAUGAUUCUGAAUUCUACAACACUGAACCUAAGAACCUCGCUCUCACCGAUCAUGCCGCGGACAAGACUCCACUUCUAGUCCCGACGACCCAGAGUCCACCACAAACCACUAAAGCCUUCGUUCGAAUGCUGCUCUCCACUGCCGCCAUGCCAACCAAGCCUGCUGCUGUUCAAGCUUCACCACCAACCGAUGCUGUUCUGCUCCAGCAUCCCACCUACGACUCCUUCCGCUCCGCAGGAAGUAGGUAUUCAAAUGUAGAGCCUCGUCUACCUCCAGGGCCGCCGCGGCCUACCGCAGACUCCAGAGGAGGAGGUGCCUUUAAAGAGCACAGUCCAAAAAGCACUUUAGACCCAGCUGCUGCUGCCAGGUCAAGAAGGGACAUUGUAGGAUCAGAGAGGGACUCAACUCACAGAACCCUGUAGGCUCAGAAAUGAACAGUGAGCAAUUUGUGAAAAAUGUGCAGUGAGACUGUCUCAUACAUCACCUCUCUCUUGCAUUG